AUGACCAACACGGGAACAAAAAACCAACGAAAAUCCCAUCAGCCCAGCUGGCAGCUAGGUCAUUCGGUGCCUGACUCGUAUUCACAUCCUGCCAAUAUUCAUAAGAUCGGUGAGUCGGAGCCAGCCAGACGUUAUCAGCACGACAUCUACUUUCGGCUGAUGCUUACUGCAGGGUUUUUCAGUAGUUCAGUGACGCCUUCACGAAAACACAAGAUUGGUCUUUCGUGGGGGUUGAACGGAUGA